AUGACAAGCGAGACAAGGUUGUAUGCUCCAAGAGAUUCCUCCUUCACACGGGAAACUUACACAACUUUCAGAGCCCUCGAUGUCCUGCAGAUGAAGGAUGUCCUCAAAUUCCUUGCUGCAGGAACCCACUUAGGUGGCACUGACCUUUACUUCCAGAUGGAGCAGUACAUCUACAAAAGGAAAAGUGAUGGUACCUCAUUUAAUCUGAAGAGGACAUGGGAGAAGCUGGUGCUGGCAGCCUGGGCCAUCGUUGCCAUUGAGAAUCCUUCUGAUGUCAGAGUUAUCUCCUCCAGGGGCACUGGGCAGCAAGCUGUACUGAAGUUUGCUGCUGCCACCAAAGCCACUACAAUUGCUGGCCUUUUCACUCCUGGCACCUUCACCAACCAGAUCCAAGCAGCCUUCCGGGAGCCACAGCUUCUAAUGGUCACUGAGCCCAGGGCUGACCACCAGCCCCUCAAAGAGGCGUCUUACGUCAACCUGCCCACCAUUGCUCUGUGUAUCACAGACUCUCCUCUGUGCUAUAUGGACAGUGCCAUCCCAUGCAACAACAAGGGAGCUCACUCAGUGGGUCUGAUGUGGAUGCUGGCCUGGGAAGUACUCCGCAUGUGUGGCCCUAUCUCCCGUGAGCACCCAUGGGAGGUAAUGCCGGACCUUUACUUCUACAGAGACCCAGAGGAGGUUGAGAAAGAGGGGCAGGCUGCUGCCGAGAAGGCUGUGACCAAGGAGGAAAUUCAGGGCGAAAGGACGGCGACAGCGCCUGAGUUCACUGCUGCUCAGUCAGAGGUGGCUGACUGGUCUGAGGUUGUGCGGCUGCCCUCUGUACCCAUCCAGCAGUUUCCUACUGAAGACUGGAGGGCCCAGCUAGCCACUGAGGACUGGUCAGCAGCUCCCACAGUGCAGGCCACUGAGUGGGGUGGAGCCACCACUGAGUGGUCCUGA